UCUGCUCCACGCGUGCAGCCUGGAAAGCGACCAAACUGUAGACUUCAACUCAAACAGUUUCUUAUUUCUCAGUUUUUUGCUCUUUGUGAACCACUUUCAGUCCAGAUUACAUGAAGUUAAUCUGAACUAUUCCCAGAGACCAAAGAACCUCAAACACAACGUGAUCCGGAUCCAAAGCUGCAACUUUGUUUGUGUGUUUUUAUUAUUUCGGAGUUUCUGUUUUGUUUUUUCACUGGAGAAACUUUUUUUAAGCCAUUAAACCGGGGAGGACAUGCCGGGGUUUGUGGCUCUGGUGGCCGCGUUUGCAGUCCUCUCGGCCGGGUUAAGGAGCUCCGUGGCCGCGGUGGAGAUGCAGAGCUCCGUGGCCGUGGAGGAGAGGACAGCGGCGGCUGCGGUGGAGACCUCCGAAGACGGGGACCGAGGAGCGGGGGGAGCUGGCUGCCCUGGCCGCUGUCGGUGCGAGGUGGACGGGCUGCUGCACCGGGUGGAUUGCUCGGACCUGGGGCUCCGGGAGAUACCGAGCAACCUGAGCGUGUUCACGUCUUACCUUGAUCUAAGUAUGAAUAAUCUGACAGUGUUGACCGGAGGAGCUCUGUCCAACCUGCACUUCCUGGAGGAGCUGCGUUUGGCAGGAAAUGAUCUGUCGUUCAUCCCCAGAGGAGCGUUCACCGGCCUUUACAACCUCAAAGUGCUAAUGCUUCAGAACAACCAGCUGAAGUCGGUUCCUGCUGAGGCCUUCAACAACCUGCACAACCUGCAAUCACUCUUUUUGGCCAACAAUCGACUAUAAAGCUUAAAUCAGAACUGCCAAGAUGGCCUUCAUUCCACGGAGCGUGUGGAUUUAAACUACAACAGUCUGGUCGAGUUUCCGACAGCGAUCCGCUCGCUCAGUCACCUCAAGGAACUUGGUUUCCAUAGUAACAACAUCCAGUCCAUCCCGGAGCACGCCUUCACCGGGAACCCCUCGCUCAUCACCAUAUUUUUCUACGACAACCCGAUCCAGUCUGUCGGACAAUCUGCCUUUCAGAACCUCCCGGAGCUACGAACACUCUCUCUAAACGGAGCCGCAGAUCUCACCGAGUUUCCAGAUCUGACAGGAACCAAGAGCCUGGAAAGCCUGACCAUCACAGGAGCUCGGAUCACCUCUCUGCCCAGUUCGGUGUGUGAACAGCUUCCAAACCUUCAGCUGCUCGAUCUCUCCUAUAAUCAGAUCCAGACUCUUCCCAGUUUCUCCAGCUGUGAGAGCGUUCAGAAGAUUGAUCUGCACCAUAACGAGAUACAGGAACUGGAGGAGAACACCUUCCACGGUCUGAUGUCACUACGCUCUCUGGACAUAUCGUGGAACAGAUUGACGUCAGUGAAGCCGAACUCUUUCUCUGCUCUGCCGGCUCUGACCAAACUCGACCUGUCGUCCAAUCAGCUGUCGUCUCUGCCUUUGAUUGGUCUGCAGAGUUUGACUCACCUGCGACUGGCUGGAAACACUCAGCUGAUGGAGUUAAUAUCCCGAGAGGACCUGCCCAGAGUCAGGCUUGACGGGGAGCUUCCCUACGUCCUUCCAGUGCUGUGCCUUCCAUCUCCUGGACCGUUCCGCCCCUGCCUCCAUCUGCUCGGCAGCUGGUUGAUCCGUGGAGGUGUGUGGCUCAUUGCAGUGCUCUCAUUGGUCAGCAACAGCCUGGUCGUCCUGUCGGUCUUCUUCUCCCCCGCCACCUCAGUGACUCCACCCAAGCUGCUGAUUGGCCUGCUGGCCCUGGUGAAUGGCCUGAUGGGAGUGUGGAGCGGCUGGUUGGCGGCGGUGGAUGCGUGGACAUAUGGCAGCUUCUGGAGGUACGGGGCGAGGUGGGAGAGCAGCUUUCUGUGUCGACUCAGCGGCUUCCUGUGCGUAUUUGCGUCGCAGACCGGCCUCUUCCUGCUCACCAUCGCAGCUCUGGAGCGAUGCCUUGCCGCCGCCGCCACACGCCGCCACAAAACUGGUCGCUCCUCGUCGCCACUCUCCAUUCGUCUCGCUGUCUGCGUGUGUUUCCUGUUGGGCCUGGCCAUCACGCUGCCCCCCCUUGUGGUCGGACACAGUAGUACCUCCCUCUGCUUGCCGCUGCCUUCUUCUUCCUCCUCAUCCUCCCUGGCCUUCUCCGUGUCUCUGGUGCUCCUCGACUCAUUAUGUUUCCUCGUCAUGACGGUCGCCUACACUCGCCUCUACUGUCGGGCCAACAAAGCUCCGCCCGCCGCUGAAGAGGAGGUGGCGUUAACUCGACAUGUAGCCUGGCUGCUCUUCUCAGACUGCCUCCUCUACCUCCCCGUCGCCUUCCUCUCCUUCUCCUCCCUGCUGCGCCUCCCUGCUGCCGGGCCAGAGGCAGCAAAGGGGGUGCUUCUGCUCGUGGCGCCGCUGCCAGCCUGCGUCAACCCGCUGUUGUACAUCCUCUUCAACCCACUCGCCCGGCAGGAGCUGGCAGCGCUCGCCAAACGCACCUGCAGGGCUGUAAGGCUGCCCAGACUCGGCAGGGGAGGAGGAGGAGGAGGACCAGGAGGAAGGUCGAGGCCGAACGAGAUGGAUUCGAUGUACGACGAGGACGCGGAGAAACAGUCGUGUGACUCAACGCAGGCGCUGGUGGCAGUCGGAGGCACGAAGGAGGAAGAGGCAGAGGAGAGAGGACGAGGAAGGAGCGAGAUGCAACAUUCGGUGGCGUUUGUUGUUCCUCAUCACUAGACUGACACAGAGACACACAUACAGGGUCGGAAGUUCUCACCUGCCAAAUGUCUGAAUUCGCUCAUGAACUCAUUGACUAGAUUCAGUCUGUGGUGUCUUUCUUGCGCCUUUAUUUUGUAGGAAACUGUGAAAAGGCGACAGGAAGUUAGAGGAGAUGCAGAGGUGAUGACUUUAAACAAAGGUAUCCAACCAGACUCCAACGUACCCACCAGGAGACCCCCGUUCUUUGGUCUCUUUUAUCCAAGAUGGCUGCAAAAGAGAACAAAAUUAAAGUAUCAACAGAAAUGAUUUUUGAUGAUCGGCUUAAAGGUCCAGUGUGUAGGAUUUAGUGGCAUCUAACGGUAAACUAAUGGCCUCCAAUAGGGGUCGGAAAAACUUCACUUCUUUAUUUCAAGGGGUGUAAGAAAACAGCAUUUCAUUCAUUUCUGUUUCUGUUAAGAAAACUAAAUGAUUUUUAUUAUUAUUUAAAAUAUACAGUUUAAAAAGCCUUCAUUGUGUAAUAAACAGCCUCGUCUUGCGUUAGAAAAGUUAAAACAGCCAAAGAGCGAAUAGGACAAUGAGAAGAAAACAAAAGCCUAGUAAUUACAUAUGCUUGUUAUAAAUUUAAAUUUAAAUACAUAAUACAGACUUAGAAAUGUUUAAAACGUUCAGGAAAUAUCAGUAAAACUUAUCUCUGAUGGUCUGAUUGAGAAAUAAUCUGCUUAAAAUUCAUCCAA